UUUCAGUUGGUUUCAUACGAAAGUUCAGACCAAAUUCGACGCAUAUUGCUGCCGGAUAGAAGAAUAGCGUUAUUCAAUGAGUUUCGACUCGUCGACUGACGGCUCGAAUUUGGCAAACAGUGAUCGAUCGAAUAGUAGUUGUUAUCCUUCCAAACAAGACGCCAUGGAAAUAUCGCCAGGUUCUUCGACACACGAGAGAGAUCGAAAAGGUUCCUAUGGACAUCGGGAACGAACUCGCAGUCACAGUGGAUCGCCUUCCAGAUUUUAUUCAAAAGACAAAAGAGGAAGUUCGAGACAAGGUGUGAGACCGAGAGAUCGAGACUCGAAAGAUUCAAUUUCUCCACAGUACAAGCAAAGGAAUUGGUCCCGAGGCGGUGGCGGUGGUGGUCGCGACCGUGGACGAAACGAUUUCAGCUAUCGAAAGAAAGGCAAAGACUACAACAAACGACGAGAUAAACGAAGCCGUAGUCGAAGCAGGCAUCGAUCACCGAAACGAAGUGGAUCUUCGAAGAAAAGCAAAAGGAGAAAUUCGUCCGGAUCGUCGUCAUCUGAUCUAAUGGAUACCUCAUUAAUGAGUGAGUUGAAGAAGCACGGAGACUAUGGAUCCUCUUCGAAAAGUAAAAAGAAGAGCCGAAAGCGUCGAAAGCACAGCAGCUCUUCGUCCAGCAGUUCAGGAGAAGCUAUGGAUCUACCAGUUUCUUCAAAUGGAAUGAAUGUGACAGCGAUUCCACCUCCACCAUCAUUCAAUAUUAAUCCAUUCCAGCCAAUGUUCUCACAGCCUCCACCACCACCAUUACCUCCAAAUAGUCAAUUCAUGACGCCUCCACCUCGUCCACCACCAGCACCAUUCAGUAUUCCACCACCAUCGGUUGACAUUCAUUUUGCCGCUACUGCAAGCUUUUCACUUAGCUCCAUACCACCACCACCACCUCAAACCGAUGGUGGAGCAUCAAGCUCAAAGCGUCAAGAUCCGCUUCCAAUGCCACCGGAUAGUAAACGGAUAGCCACUCGGCCUGUAAUAACAACCCGCCGUGGACACGCAACAAAUCGACCAUCAGAUUCUGAUUCAUGGUACAAGACAAAUUUGACUCACUACACAAUGCUUGAUCAAAUUGGCGAGGGAACUUAUGGACAAGUCUAUAAAGCAGUCAAUAAUCUCACUGGUGAACAAGUAGCACUGAAACGAGUACGAUUGGAAAAUGAAAAAGAAGGAUUCCCAAUCACUGCAAUACGAGAAAUCAAGAUUCUUCGACAGCUUCAUCAUAAGAAUAUCGUCCGUCUUAUGGAUAUUGUGAUUGAUGAUAUUUCGAUGGAUGAGCUGAAAAGAACGAGAGCUAAUUUCUAUUUAGUAUUCGAAUAUGUGGAUCAUGAUUUGAUAGGACUUCUUGAAUCGAAAGAGCUCGUCGAUUUUAAUAAGGAUCAGAUUUGUUCAUUGUUCAAGCAGCUUUUGGAAGGACUCGCCUACAUUCACAAUACGGGAUUUUUACAUCGGGAUAUUAAAUGCAGUAACAUUUUGGUGAACAAUAAAGGCGAGCUGAAGAUUGCUGAUCUCGGACUGGCACGACUAUGGGAGAAGGAAUCACGAUUAUAUACAAAUCGGGUUAUCACAUUAUGGUAUCGACCACCAGAACUACUUUUGGGUGAUGAACGUUAUGGGCCUGCAAUUGAUGUUUGGAGUACGGGAUGCAUGCUCGGCGAGCUGUUCACCCGAAAACCGCUUUUCAAUGGAAAUAAUGAAUUUGGACAGCUCGAGUUGAUUAGUAAGGUUUGUGGAUCACCGAAUGUGGAUAAUUGGCCUGAAUUAACCGAAUUGGUUGGAUGGAACACAUUCCGAAUGAAGAGAACUUAUCAGAGACGUAUUCGAGAAGAGUUUGAGCACAUUAUGCCACGUGAAGCUGUCGAUUUACUCGAUAAAAUGCUCACUUUGAAUCCAGAAAAACGAAUUUCUGCAAAAGAAGCUCUGAAUCAUCCGUGGAUUCGAAGUUUGGAACAUACGACAGUUCAACCACUCAAAUUACCUCAACAUCAGGAUUGCCAUGAGAUGUGGAGCAAAAAGCAGAAAAAAUCAGCUCGUCUUGGGCGACAAGCAGAAGGUUCAAGUGGAAGUGGACAUAGUAUUCGUGCAACUUCACAUCCACGAGUAUUUGAAGCAGCUCCUACACAACCAUCAACAACAACUACAAAAAGCAAUGGAUCAUCAAAUCACCAUCAUCAUCAUCAUCAUUCACAUCAUCAUGCUUCAUCACUGCCACCAUCAGGAGGUCAUGCACCUCCACCACCACCUCCACCAACACAGGCUUCUUCAACGUCGCAUAACAAUCAUCAACCAGUUCCUCAAUCACAAUAUCAGUCAGUAUUUUUCAAGUGAAAAUUCUGAUUUUUUUGUUGAUUAUUUUUACACGUAUACUCUCUUUAUUCUAUUAGUUAUAGACAACAAAUUCCUUUUUUUUUUGGUUUUUUCUGCUCUUCUGUCUAAAUUUUUAAUUGAUAUUCUGUGUUUCCUCUCAUAUAUAUUUUUUCCUCUAUUUGAAAAUUUAUUGUUUAGCUUUUCUUCCCCCGCCUCAUACCUCCCCCACACACUCUCUGUUCUUCUUAUUUUCCAACUGAAUAUUGUCUGAAUAUGUGUCUAAAAGUCACGUACAGCUCUUAUAGAAGCAACAAGCAGCAGUGGAUCAAAAUGGAAGAGAGCUGACUGAGAGAAACUAUAUAUGUGCGGCAGGUUUCUUUUCAUUUUUUAUUCGAUUUUCAGGUAAAUUAGGACUACUGUGUGGGCAUGGUCAAUUCUACAAAAUUACCUAUUACGGGUUUUUAGGUUUUUGAGAAACCGAAAAAUUUAAACUUUCUGUUUUUCCGAUUGUGCCCGAGAUGAGAAUAAUAUGUGCAACACAUACAAAACUUGGAAGAACUGAUUUUUUUGGAAUAUUAAAUACUAAACAUUUUUUUUUGAUUUUUUGAUUUUCCGGAAAAUCGAAAAAUGUAAAAAUUUUGACUUUCUCUGAAAUAUCAAAAAAAUGUUCGUGAUUGCGGCAUGAUGUUCUAAUAUUAUUAAUGCAAAUUCAGUGGAAAAGUGUAGAAAAAUAUUUUAUUAGUCUAAAAAACUUCUGUUGAAAAAAGUGGUUAAAAAUGAUUGAAAGUUUCCAAUUUUAGAAUUAUUGAACCAAUUUUUUAAAAGAUAUUUGGCAACUUUCAUUUUGCCUUGCUAAGUGUCAAAUGUUUUUUGAGCAGUUUUCAAAUUUCUCAAUUGAGAUAAAAAUGAGUUAUUUUCAGAUCAAUCACUUUCUUUUCUAUAUUUUGACACGGAAUUUGAAUAAAAAAAUACCAGACCAAAAUUCCACGAUAGGUCAUUUUGUAGAUUCGACAUGACCCAAAUGCUGAGUAUUCCUUCCACGCAAGCGGCAAAACGCCUGCCUGCGUGCCUAUAUCCGCCGCAACUUGCCUGAUUUUUUGACUGCCUCGUUCUGACUCAUUAUUUUCUGUAAUAUGAAGUAGGCGUAAGGCCCGUCCUGUAGGCACGGAGGCAGGCAUCUUUGUGCCUUCUCAGAGGAGCUGGAAAGUCGAAUUCUGAAUUUUAUUUCAAUCCCAAGUCGACCAUGGAGUUAGAUGUGCAAAUUUCGAAAGACUGCUCCCUGCAACUUCUAGGCGAAUUCUGACACUUUAAAAAAAAAUUUUUGAAUGUAAAUUGAAAGAUCAAGCAACAGUAAUUAGACAUUUUCUUAGAGCUAGACUAUAUAAAACUAUAAAUAAAAAUUUUCAAGUAUAUUUUAUUAGAAAAACGUAUUUUGAUCCACUUUCUGUAAUAUUUUAUCAACUUGAUUGCCUCCGACUCUUUCUCGGGAGAAAUAUUCAUUUUUUCCCUCUUAUUCAGAAUAAAAUUACUGGUAUUUAUUUUCCUUUCCCUCGCCUUGAUUGUACUUUUUUCUUUCAAAUUUAACUCUGAAUUAAAGCAUUUUCCAAAAUUUUCCACGAUUUUUAAAUGUUGCCGGUCUUUUCCCCUUUCCUCAUCAUCAUUGUCAAUUUAUAUAGUUUUUUUGUUGACAUUUUUCAUGUUCCAAUCAUACUUUCCUGGUUAAUUCUGUGAUUUUUUAAAACUUUUCUAAAAAAGAAGAAGAAAUUUGUAAUU